CUUCUCUGCUUUCUUCCUGGCUACAGUAAAGAAAGUUCAAAGGAGAAAAAAGGAACACUCUGCCAAGAUCUUGAGAGCAGAUAUGCUGAACAUGUGGCUGCCUCCCAAGUGCUACCCCGGGACAUUGGGACAGUGUCCUGGAAGGGCCGACUCACCUCACUUCCGGAAACCAGGAAGAGACAGCAGCUGUCGGAGGAUGCAUUAACCACCCAUGGCCUCUGCACAGAGGGCCACUGGGCUCUGCACCACACGGUGGUGGAGCCAAUGCUGUGGAACCCUUCAGGGACCCCCGAGAGGUACACUUAGGAGCUGGGCAAGGCCAUCAAAACAAAGCCCUGGGAGGCUCUUUGCAGCCAGGCUGCCACCCCUGAAGGUGCUCAGAAGGACCCACUGCCAGGCAGGAAGAGGCCAGAGGUCCACGAGGAGCAUGCUCCCAAGAAAUGGCCCAAGUCAAAGAGCGAGAAAUAGGGACA